GUUUUUCCUUCUCGUACGAGGACCUUUAGCUUUGGGUCCACCUAACUUUUGGCAUAAUAUUCUAGAAUGAUCUGAAAAAAACGGAUGAACGGGGUGGAUUUUUCAGAAACAUCAUGGUGGGCCCUACUUAGCAUCCCAGCGCGCGCAGGUACUUCCUGCGAAGGGCUUUUGCAGGAAAUCCGCCUCCCACUGAAUUGGGGCCGAUUCAAAAGCGAGAGAAAAAAAAAAAGUAGCUUGUAAUCGGAGAGAGGCGCACGGCAAUUGUAGAGAGGCGAUUGCAAAGAGGGACGAUUGCAGAGACGGAGAGAGAGAGAGAGAGAGAGAGAGAGAGAGAGAGAGAGAGAGAGAUUGGAGCUGAUUGUAGGUAGGUUGUUGGUGCAUUUCUCCCCCUUUCCCUCUUUUAAAAAACCCGAACGUUGGGCCUGUAAGUCACUUACAGGGAAGUGACUUCUCACCCCCUUCCCCCAAACACCACCUAUAAGUGACUUACAGGCAUCCAAACAGGCUAAGAGAAAUGCAGGUCAAGAUUGAUGCUUUCUUCAAGCCUUCCACGCCCAAAGACCAUGACCCUGUUCUGUUUUCGGACAAUAUCGAUGAUCUGACGUCUUCAAAGGCACAAGAAAUUCGAGUCACUUACACGCGGCGGACUCCCAAGCCCAACCCAAGUGAAGACGACAAUGGUUGUGAAUUUGGUGCUCGGCUGAAGGAAGAAGUGCAACUGAUUGGUUUGGAUUCUAAUUUGGAUGAUCAGGAAGUUGGCUCUAUUAAUUCCAUGGAUUCUCCUGUAAAAUCAGCCUCUUUGGGCAAAAUUCUCAACAAGAAAAGAAGUUAUGCUCAAUAUCAUUUAGAACUAGGGCAAUCUGAUUUUUUACUCCACACUUGUUCUGUAUGCGGGCUAAAGUAUGCUCGUGGAGAUGAAGAUGAUGAAGGGGUUCACAAUGAGUUUCACAAGAAUUUCUCGCUGGGAAUUCAAUUCAAGGGUUGGCGCAAUGAACGAGUUAUUUCCUCGACUUUGAGUAAUGGGGACCGCAUCAUUUUGGUUUUGAAUGGUGAUCUUCCUUCUCAUUUGCGCAAGGUUGAAGAGGUAGUAAAGAUGAUGGAGAAGGAACUUGGUUUAUGCGAUGGAUGGCUUCUUCAUGAACUUUGCAAGGUCUAUCUGUUCAUUUCCAGACAGAGGAUAGUCGGCUGCCUUGUUGCAGAACCAAUAAGAAGUGCCCACAGAGUUAUCUCAAGCUCAGCGGAUCAACUAAGUUCAGAUGUAACUACUUGCAAGAAAAUCAAGUCGAAUCGGACCGUUCUCCAAUUUGGGUCGGUUAAUUUUCAGAGGGAAGUUGUAAGGAAACUUCCGUCUCUAAAGACUCCUGAUAUGAUAGUCGCGGAUGACAAAGGAACGGUGCUCUGUGAAAAGGAAGUUGUACCUGCAACUUGUGGCAUUAGAGCCAUUUGGGUUGCACCCUUCAGCAGAAGAAAGCGUAUUGCUACACAGCUGUUAGAUGCUUUGAGGAAAAGCUUCUGCAAGGGAUAUGUUCUAGAAUCUUCUCAAUGUGCUUUCUCUCAGCCUACCUCUUCAGGAAAAGAAUUGGCAUCCAGUUACUGUGGUACAGGGUCUUUCUUGAUUUAUAUGUCAGGAACUCACAGCUGCUAGAAGCACCUAUCAUUCAUCGUCAGCAGUAUUCACUUGUUUUUUUUUUUUUUUUCUAACCUUUUCUUUUCCUCAGGGCAGUAAUCUUACAUAAGACAGUUUAAAGUAAUAGAAAUUCAAUUGAAUUAAACAUCACCUUCUUAG